AUGAAGACCUCAAGCGGAGCCGACAUCUGGAGCGACUUUUUCAGGAAAGAGAAGUUUGAAAAUCGGAUCGUCGUGGACACGACUGCGUUGCCAUACGACCCAUCCGUCCGUUUCCUUGGUUUUCCAUGGAUGUGAUUCGAAACUUUUUUCAUUUUUUUUUUUUGGGAAAAGAGAGUCUAAAAAUAUCCGAUAGGAGUUCAAAAAAAAAAACAGUGGAACGGAUGUUUUGCAGCCUGCAACUGAUUGUGCUAUUCGACCAAAAUGAAGUUUUGUUUGUUUUUGAACGCCAUAGUGGUCCCUAUAGGGGCAAUCUUAAAAAAGUUUGAAGGUUGCGACCACUUCACCUACCCCUAAAGGGCCAUUAAAACUUGCAAAAGUUUCGAUUUCGGUUCUUCUGCAGGAAUUCUUCGCGAAAAAAACGCCGUGGGAAGUCUAUUGACGAUUUCUGAAAAGAUUAUGGCCUCAAAAAUAUUAAAAAAAUCUCAUAACGUCAUAUAAUAUUUGGACAUUCUAAACCCGCAAAAUUUUAGUCAAUCAAUCCUAUUUUAGGGUGCAGUUUUUUGGUUGGUUUGAGAGCAGGUCGAAAUGUUUUGCUCCCGUUCCAUAAAAGUCAAUAUAUGACGAAGGACCAUCGAACAUGUUUGAGAAAAUAAACAACGCAUUAUUUCAACAUUCCCACUCCGUCCUCCCAGACACAUUUCGGCGCAUUUUACAGGCUGUUUACUUCGCAGUAAGUCUUGAGAAAGAACUUCCGUUCUCAGUUUUAUUUUUCCCUUUUUUCUUUAAAAAUUCUUUUUGAUUUUUACAAAUCUUCUCUGUUUUCCAAUUUAUUAAAAAAUUCAUUGAUUUAUGAUGUAUUGGUUUUUUUUUGGAGUCGGAUUUUUUAUUCAUUAAAUGAGAGAAAUUUUCAAAGCCUGGCAUUUUCGGGAUUUUUUAACAGUAAAAGUAUUAUCCUCUCCAAAAGAUCCUUCUCUUUCCUUUUUUCCCUUCAUUCUACAUUUGCCGUCCGAUCUGUCACGCUGUAACAUGUCUAAAGAACAACUUUCUGUGUAAAUUGAUGUCGAACGAUGACUUCACAAAGGACAAAAGACUAAAAACCGGUUCCACUCGGUCCAGUCGUUUUCUCUUUGAAGCAAGUGCGCCCCAUGGAAAAACGUCGCGUCGCGACGGAAAAGCAUCGCAACGGCAGGCUUGUGAUUCUGCCUGGCCGUCGUUUUCCAUCAGCUGUUUGGCGGCCCCUCAGCGUUUUCGUCACGUGA